UAACUGCCUACAAAAUAAACAAAAGAAGAAGACUCACGCUCUGCAACAAGGGUCUAUGCAAAAGAUGUAGUAAGUGACCAUGAAGAAAGUGUCAAGGUUGAAGUGUCUAUUUUAAAAAGUCAUUUUUUUUUAUUUGCAAAAGUCAAACAUCAGGACUUUGGAGCAGACAUCGGGAAUUUGGAGCAAACAUGUCGGCUACGGAAACUGACAACGGCCACCAACGUCCGGCCACCAAUCAAGUCUCGUCUGUCCAAGUCGCUGGCGCGGUAACAGAGGGGACAGACAAAGAGUCCAUGGAAGCUGUUUCAAAGCCGGGAGCAUCAGCAGAUGUUAGAGACGCAGAGCUUGUUCACACAGCGUCUCCUAGACUCUCUGAACAUGGAGAGGAGGAUAACUUUGUUGCUUCUGAAAACCAAAUGGAAAGUAAAGAAAUUGACCCUAAAGAAAGUAAGACGGCCUCACAGUUGUCUACAGAAGAGGCAGUCCAUACAGUGUUGAUUCACUGUGAUGAACCAGGCAACAGCUCAGAGUCUGAAACAGGGGAGGCGACUGAGGUGAAAACUGAGGAAAAGCCAGACAUUGACACUAAGGAAGAAAUCGACACACAGCAGGAAAAGGAGUCUCCUGGCAGUAAAGUGAGGGUUUCUGCAGUGAACAACCUUGACGAGAUGAUGGACAUUGGUACAGUAGAUCAGGUGGAACAGGAAGCUCAGAUGAAAGAGGAGCAACAGAAUAGUUUGAUGGAUGUGGAUAACUGUUGCUCACCUGCCGAUUCAAAUACAGCUUCAGUGGCAGAGGAUAAGAACUCUGUUAAGGAGGAAGCUGAUGAGAAACCCACUGUUUUACCUCCUGCAGAGGAGGAGGACCUGAAGGUGUCUUUAGACGGGAUCCAGUCCAGCUCGCCUCCGUUGUCUGAAGCCAUGACCAGUACAGGAAGUGACAGCUCAUCACCAGCGACCGUAAUGAAUGGAAUAAAAAUAGUUAAGAUGUCAAUACCAAGAUUAGAAACUGAAAGCGUGCAGGCUGUUGCCCAGCCAAUCAAGUCUCCUUCACCACCUUUGGUCAAGGUGAAGGAUGAGCCAAUAGACGAAGAGUAUGAACAAGCUCUAAUACCUCCAACAGCUAGUGUGAAAGAUGAGCCCAAUACUGCAAAGGAGGACUUGAAGAUUGGAUCGGUCUUCUCUGUGAGCCCGGCUGCUGAAACACAGACGCAACCCACCACCAACCCCUCAUCGUUGCACAUGUCCUGUUCUCACUGCAAUAAGAGCCUGAUAAAAGGACAGACUGCUUUCCAGAGGAAGGGCUCCCCAGCGCUCUUCUGCUCCACCUCCUGCCUCACCACGUCUCUCCCCACAGUCAGAGGAGUCUCUAAGGUCUGCCACAGCUGCCAAAAGUUGAUAUUUCGGCCUCAGGAUAUCAUUCUGGCUCCAGAUGAUAAAGGAGGCAUGAAGGAAUUCUGCAGCCAGAACUGCCUGACUUCCUUCAACUACAGGAAGUCCGCAGCCACCAAAACAGUACCACAGCCAAUAGGACCACAGUCACUCUGCAGCAUGUGCACCAGAUUCUGCGUCAGUAAGCAUGAGGUAAUCCUGAGCGGUGCCGUUCACAAGAUCUGCAGUGACGCUUGUUUUAACCGUUUCCGCAUCGUAAACAACCUGUCCAUGGCUGGCUGUGCGAACUGCGGCUCCUACUGCCACAUCAAACCGCUCAUGCUGAAGAUGGAUGACAGCAACAAAACUCUGUGCAAUGCAGAGUGUCUGGCCAAGUACAAAGAGAAAACGAAGAUAACCAAGGCUUGUACGAUGUGUCGCACUACCCGGUUGCUGUCAGAAACUGUUGACAACAAAAACAGUGAUGACUCUGUUAACCUCUUCUGUAGCAGCAGCUGUGUGAUGGCAUUCAAGGUUCAGUCUGUCAGUGCAUCAGGGGCUCGGUUGAAUUGUGAUAGUUGUGGGAAAAACUCUGUACCGGCCUACCACCUGGCCAUGUCAGAUACCUCCAUCAGGAACUUCUGCACUCUUCCUUGUGUCAUGGCUUUUCAGGAUAAGUUCAAGAAGUCUCAGAAACAGGUGAAUAUUUUUACCAAGUUACCACUGGGAUCCACCCAAGUCCCGGCCAUCAUUCCUAUUCAAACUCCACAAGACGUCCCCAAAGAACCACUGAAACUGAACUGCUCCCAGUGUAACCGCAACAUAGCUUUUAAACCGGAAGUCAUCCAGAUCAAGGACAAGAUAGUUUUUGUUUGUAGCGUGGACUGUGCUCACGAGUUUAAGAAGGACAACGCUGUGACGAGCAUGUGUGAAUAUUGUAAGAUUGAAAAGAUCACCCGAGACGCCAAAAGAAUCAACAACAAAGACUGCUUUUUCUGCAGCGAUGGCUGUAAGCUCCUCUUUCGACACGAUCUGACUAAAAACUGGGGGAAACACUGUCACUCCUGUGUCUACUGCCACAGUGUGUCCAAGAAGUUGGUGACGGCACAGUAUGGAGGUUCCACGGAGGAGUUCUGCUCAGAGGAAUGCAGGUCCAAAUACACCAUGCUGUUCUGCCAUGUUGCAAAGUGUGACACCUGCGGUCGCAAAGGGAAACUGAAGCAGAGUCUUUCCAUGGUGGGAGAAGUCAAACACUUCUGUGAUCUGACUUGUCUGCUGCAGUUCUGCUGUGAUAAUGUGGCCACCCAAGGCGAGAUCUUCAAAGAUAAAGAGGAGGCCACACCUGUCAUCGGCAACGUCAUCUCGCUUGCAGGGCCUCCAGUAGGCAACAGAACUGACAGAACAGUCCAGCAAAGCAGCAUAUUACAAUCAAAGAACUCUGGGCAUAAAGAUACAGUGAAAGUUCUUCCUCCUCCUGCCCCCAAAAUCCUGAAGAACAAGGCCCUGCUCUGCAAACCGAUGGUGCAGAACAAAGGGGUCUCCUGUAGAACACAGACCGCUGAUGUUGAAGCACAGACAGAUGAUGUCCUCCCUAAAAUCAUGAUCAUUCCUAUCCCAGUGCCAGUGUAUGUCCCUGUACCCAUGAACAUGUACAGCCAGUGUACCCCCAGACCUGUGGCCAUGCCAGUACCGCUGCCUGUACCCAUGUUCCUACCUGUCACAAUGGACAGCGCUGAACGCAUUGUGGAAACCAUCCAGGAGAUCAAGCAAAAGAUCCCGUCUGACCCCUUCGAGGCAGAGCUCAUCCUCAUGGCGGAGAUGGUUGCUGAACAACAUGAGAAGAACGACAAAGCGGAGAGACCAAAAGAGAAAGUGGUGGAGAAAGACAGAGAGAGACAUGCAGCAGCUGCUCCAGCAGAACACACCAGUAACUACAGUGACGAUUUGGACACAGACGACUUGACCAGUUUCCUCAACAACUGGGAGGACACCUCUGAUGCAGGUCUAAGGUCCCCCAGUCGACCGGAUGGUCUUGAUGAUAAGCUCAAUCCGAUUCUAGACAUUCCUGUGGCCAGUGAGCGUUACUUCCAGCCCCCACCUCCACCUUCAGCUCCGCCUCCCAUGGACAUCGAAGCUGACUUUACUGUUGGUGAGGAGAUGACACACAUUUAUGAAGUGCAUAAAAAACUUUUGAGUUUUAUGUCCUCCUGUACAGGUACCUGGAAUUCUGUGCCAGUACCCAACGGUACCUUUAGGUACCAAUGUAUUUCUUUGGGUACCCUAAAGUACAAAGUUCAGUGCCAAACCCUCAAACAUGCUAGAGAUAGAAUAGGUUGGCCUCACACAUCACUUUGUAUCACCCUAAUCAUAUCCAUGAUGCAACCUCCUCUCUCUCUACUGUUUAAGGUUCGUAAGUCAAAGCGGUCUAAGGCAGCUGAAGCGUCAACUCAAAAAGGCGUUUCUAAACAGGCCUUGGCUAUAGAACUCCCCAAACUGAAGAGUCAGUAUGGUGUUGACUCCUGGAAGCGAUGGAUCCAGUGGAGGCAAACUCAAUCCAACCUGGAGACGCCACGCUUUGGUUCUCGUCCAUUGGAGUUGAAGGAGGACGUUCUUCGCUGCACCACUGCUGAGCUGAGCUACGGCCUCUGUUGCUUUAUUGCUGAGGUGAAACGAACAAACGGAGAGUCGUACUCCCCCGACAGCCUGUUCUACCUCUGCCUCGGCAUUCAACAGUACCUGUUUGAGAACGGUCGUGUGGAGAACAUAUUCAUGGAUCGCUUCUACAACAAAUUCUCCACUGAGUUCAAUAAUAUGCUGAGAGGUUUCAAGCCCUCGGUCACAGCAAGUGGUUACAUCCAUUCCCGUGUAGAGGAGGAGUUUCUCUGGGACUGUAAACAGUUGGGGGCGUACUCCCCCAUCGUCCUCCUCAACACUCUCCUUUUCUUCUGCUGCAAGUACUUUGGCUUUACCUCGGUGGAGCAGCACCGCCAGCUGUCCUUUGCUCACGUCAUGCGUUGCACCAAAACCAACCAGAACAACACCAAGACCACCUUCCUGCGCUUCUACCCGCCAAUAUCCAUAAAUGAGCCAGAGUCGGGUCCCAGUACAACUGAAGAUCCAGAGGUUCCUGCGAAGAAACGCAAGGAGGAGGAGAGUAAAGAGGAUAUCCUGGAGAUGAUGGAGAACACAGAAAACCCUCUCCGCUGUCCAGUCAGACUCUACGAGUUCUACCUCUCCAAGUGCUCGGAGUCAGUCAAGCAGCGCACCAACCUGUUCUACCUUCACCCUGAGCGCUGCUGCGUCCCCAACAGCCCCCUUUGGUAUUCCUCCACGCCUCUAGACGAUAUCACCAUGGAGGGGAUGCUCAUCCGCAUCCUCACUGUGAGAGAGCUUCAUCUCACAGCGAGAAAAGAUGGAGCAAUGGAGAAGAAGACAACCGAUGAUCCACCAUUUAUACCUGACGAGGAGGAAGAUGGGGGUUCAGAGUGAUGAGGAGCAGAAGUGAUCUCUUAUUGGCGCAGUAGCUUGUGGUUUAAAUGUUUGUAGAUACACUAACUUGUUCAUUUAACCGUGGCCCAAUAAACAGAAGCGGACGGGAAUAAAUAUCUCUCUUACCUACAAUGUGCAGAACUGCAAAGAAAGUCAUCCUUUCUCAACUACAUGUUGUGUAGGUAUCCUUUUUGGGCUGAGAUACUCAGCUCAACAUUCAGACUGUCAACUGCUCAGCAGGACACAUAGCUGUCUUCUGUUUUUUAUCUGGUGAUUGGUUGCUUCUCAUCAAUAAUACUUUAUUUCCCCUCCAUGUUAUGAUUAUAUACAUUCUUGUGCAAUUAGAUUUCUUUUGUCCUUGUUUAAAAGAGCUACAAUGAAA